CCAGCAGUGGCUGCUGAGAGUGCAGGGAGCGCUGCGCAAGCCCAGGCCGCAGCUGGAAGGUGCUGAGUGGUCUAGAGAGCAACCAGGUAUCCAGAGUAACUUUGGUUUGUGGGUGUUCCUUCCAAAGGGAGAGAGUUACAGUGUAAACGUUCAGGGCAAUGAGGAAAAGCCAAGGUUUUGUGGGAAUCCUGGGCAGGUUGUUACCUGUACAAUUGCCCAUGUCCUUGGCUGCAGCCCUGAGGAAGGAGAGCCCAGCUGCUUUUCCAGCUCCAUUAAGCACUGCAUUCUGGGACUGAGAGUGAGAAGCCCUUUUCCUUGGUUUCCUACUUGAAGCAGUGUUUGUUUUCCUCCUCAACUGAUUUUGGCCUCUGUGCUGUGCUCAGCCCUGAGCACAGGAAACGGAGGUCGAUGGUCGGGACCACUUACUGGAUGGCACCCGAGGUGGUGAGAAGAGAGCCUUACGGCCCCAAAGUGGACACCUGGUCCCUUGGCAUUGUGGGAAUAGAAAUGGCCACAGGAGAGGCUCCUUAUAUGCAGGAGACCAGUGACAAGGCCAGCUACCUGAUAGGCAAGCAAGGGGUUCCAAAUCUGCACCAGCUCAGGCUACCCCCUGGCUUGUGUGAAUUUCUGGGCUGCUGCCUGCAGAUGGAUGUGGACAGGCGAGGCUCUGCCAAGGAACUUCUGCAGCAUCCAUUUCUGCAAUCAGCGGAGCCUCUCUUAAGCCUCUUCUGACAGCCUGAAUGCUGCCAUCCCUGCAGCAAGGGAAUGCAAGAAGCAAAGGAGAUGACAAGGUGUGAGAGUCUGUCCGAAACUUCCCUCAUUUUUUGCCUCUCGAUCGUCAUGAAAGCCAAGACCACCGGGGAAAGGGAAAGAUCCUGUUCUGAAAAUCCAGGUCUGUCUGGUCCACCAAGCCAGAUUAUUGCCUACGGGUGUGUUUGCUCAACUCGUGGAACACUGCACCCAAGAAGGGGCAGUGUGCUCUCCUUCGCCUGCAUCACCUAGCAACGCUAGUGCUGGAAUUUCUCCACCCUUCUGACUUGGCUGGACUUUCUCUCUGGAAUGACCUUUCUGGAGGUCACCACAAAAGGACCCUCCAUUCACCGUACAUCAACCACCGUGACAGAUGGACUGAGAUGGGAGAAGGUUCUCCCCUCAAGGACUGAGACGUGCGACCCCUACCUGGAAAAGCUCCCCUCUUUUCCCAAAAGGACUAAGACUGAAAUCCCCACCGUAGGGUGAGGGAAGGUAUGCGUGGGGACCGGAGCAAGUUUUGCAAGCGACCACUGGACCGAGAAGACAAUGGUUCCUGCCUACGACAUCUGCUGCUGACGACGCCUGUUCCUGAUGGACUACUGAUGGACUCCUUGUACCCUUUAUCAACAGACUGUUUUGAAAUGGGUCCCCUUCCCCCAUUUCAAAAGGACUAUAAAAAAGGUUAGACCUGACUGAUACCUUUGAGAUCUCCCCUGACGUGAAGAUGACAGGCCUCUUCGUCAACCGGACUUCGAGGGACUUUGUCAUCUGCACGUCUGGUAGCUAUAUACCUCCUUGCCCUCCCUCUCUUCUUUUUCUUUUCCUUAUUCUUUUCCCUUUCUUCAUUCCCCUCUCUCUAACGCAUCUUCUCUAUGGCUAUUUAAUAAAAGUACAUGUAUUUU